CGGCGGGACCGCGGGCAGUGCGGGAAUUUCGGACCGGGAGGAGGGAGCGGCGCCGGGCUCGGCGCGCGGGAGAUACUUGGGACCGGCGGCUGCUUCUGCGGUGUAGGGAAAAUGCCAUAUAAUAAGAAGACUGCUGGAAAAAGAGUCCCUGCAAAAAGGAAACUUGCUGAAGUGUUUGCUCUGGGGGAGGUUCUAGCAGAUACAUCCAGAAAAGAAUGGAAAUUAGGUGUCCUUAUAGGGCAGGGAGGCUUUGGACGCCUGUACCUUGCUGAUGUUAAUUCUUCAAAGUCGGUUGGCAGUGAUGCCCCUUAUGUUGCAAAAGUGGAACCCAGCCAGAAUGGACCUCUUUUUACUGAGUUAAAGUUCUACAUGCGAGCUGCUAAGCCAGAUGAAAUUCAGAAGUGGACUAAGUCCCAUAAACUGAAAUAUUUAGGUGUACCAAGAUAUUGGGGUUCUGGCUUGCAUGAAAAAAAUGGAAACAGUUAUCGAUUUAUGAUAAUGGACCGAUUUGGCAGAGAUCUUCAGAAGAUGUAUGAAGAGAAUGCAAAGCAAUUUUCCCGUAAAACUGUACUACAAUUAGGCCUGAGAAUACUUGAUAUUCUGGAAUACGUCCACGAGCAUGAAUAUGUGCAUGGAGACAUCAAGGCCGCAAACCUCCUUCUGAGUUACAAGAACCCUAAUCAGGUGUACUUGGUGGAUUAUGGACUUGCCUACCGAUACUGCCCUGAAGGAGUUCAUAAAGUAUAUAAAGAAGAUCCAAAAAGGUGUCAUGAUGGAACUAUUGAAUAUACCAGUAUUGAUGCACAUAAGGGUGUGGCACCAUCGAGACGUGGUGAUCUGGAGAUCUUGGGUUACUGCAUGAUUCAUUGGCUUAGUGGCCAUCUACCAUGGGAAGAUAAUUUGAAAGAUCCAAAUUUUGUCAGAGACUCAAAAAUCAGAUGUAGAGAUAAUAUUUCCGUUUUAAUGGACAAAUGCUUUCCUGAGAAAAAUAAACCAGAUGAAAUAGCCAAAUAUAUGGAAAAGGUGAAGCUAUUGAGCUAUGAAGAGAAACCUGUUUAUCAGCAUUUCCGAGAAAUACUUCUGCAAGGUCUCAAAGCCAUUGGGCAAAAAGAUGAUGGAGUACUUGACUUCGGCUUGGCAGAGAAUGGAGACUUUCAAACAAGUCCUGUACAAAAGAAAAGAAGAAAGGCAGCAGCUGCAGCCAGUGAGAGCACUGAGGCAGAUAUGGAAGAUACAGGAAGUCCAGAAAAAAAGAAAGCUACUUCUUCUAAUGCAGUAGCUACCAGAACCCGGAAGAUGACCUCACCAAAAUCCAAGAAAAGCACAGCAACCAGAAAGAGAGUCCAGAAGUAAAUAAUAGAUGGAGCGACAAAUUAAGUUGCUCUGUGGCUCAUUUCUGGUUGUUUUUUUUUUUUUUGUAGCACUGGAAUCUUUUUCUUUCCUUUUUGAAUGAUGAAUCCUGUAAAAACAUGGACUGCUGUUUGUACCUGUUUUUGAAGAAUAAAUGUUUUAUUAAAAUAUUUGCAUAAUUUAUGUAUACUUAAAUACUAAUGCAAAAUUUUGCCAACAUUUGAAGUGGGGAUGCCUUUUUAUUCUUUAUAUAAUGAAUUCUUGUCUUAAAGGCAAGCUAAAAGAAAGUGCUUUUUUUCUGCUUUAUAAUGUAGAGAUAAAGCCUUAUUUAAUAAUUUCAUUACGGGUACUAUAUGGGGAACAGCAGUGUUGCAUCUGAUUUCUCCUAGUUUUGAGUAAAGUCUUAUUGGAGGUCACUUAGAUGUACACUGAGAUGAAGUGGGAAACGGCAGAAAUAUCUUUUAAAUGUUUCUCAAGUGUUUGAAUAAAAAACAGAACGUAAAACAGACAUCACAUCCUUCCAUUCUAGUUUGUAUAAAAAGCAUUUAAACAAUUCUUUGGAAGACAGGUAGUGAAUUUUAGCUAUUUUUUUGCAUACUAUUUGUGUUCGUAUCACUUUUCUAAUUAUUCAGAGUUUCUCUGGAAAGAAAUAGACCAGACGCAGGGCCCAGGGCAAAGAAAAGAACCAACCAAAAACCAAUGCUUAUUCUCAACAGCUCCCUCAGGUUUUCUUUUUAUAUUAGUGAAAAGGCUAGAAAAGUUGUAACUGUGAAGAACUUUAUACAGUGUCUAGUUCCAAUGAAAUAUUAACUCACAUCUGCUUCUCAUAACAACAUAAUGGUUUACCUUUUUUAAUAGUUGAGGAGCAUAUAAUCUUCCCUAUCUUUUGUGAAAGUACUUCCUUGCUUAGCUUUGAGUCUUGAGAAUUGUAAGUCAAAAAUAGUGUUGAAUUUCAGUGUGAAAUACCACUACUUUUCAUUUAGAUACUGCAAAAUGCACAGAAUUAAGGCAUGAGCAUCAUUCUUAUCAGGGAGACUGCUUUAUGAAAGUUUGGUAAACCAAAAGGAAUCCAUAUGAGCCAAUGAACAUUGUAUUUGUGUGGAUGUCCAGCUUGCUUGAUUGUAUAAUGUCUGAGUAGCUACUCACUAGAAUAAGUAUGUUUUAGCAUGAAAUGUUGAAUGAAUACAUUUUGUAACAAGGGAAUCAAUUUUUUUGAAAUAAAACUGGAAUACCAUA